AGUGCGCUAGAGAUGGGGAGCAAGGCACAAUCGUUGUGUCGAUAAGCAUUAAUCGAUAUUUUUGCUUAUCAACAUUCCAAAUAAGCCCUGUUAUAGGAAAAAAGUUGUGCCACAACAAAUAAAAAUGCUGGAGAUUGCUGCACAACUUCUUGCCGUUGGUCUGUUGUGGGGAGUUACCAAUCCGUUUAUCCGCCUUGGGAGUCAGGGAAUCGAGUCGGUCAAGGACACAGGCUCCAAGUGGAGGAACUUCGUCCAGGAAGCCCGCACAAUCGGUUCCCGGUGGAGAUACUGGAUACCUUUUGGUCUCAAUCAGUGCGGGAGUGCUCUCUACGUGUGGACCCUCCAGAGUGCCAGCAUUACGGUGGCGGUGCCAGUGGCCAAUUCCCUGAGUUUUGCAUUCACAGCAAUAACAGGCUAUGCGCUAGGAGAAAAACUGCCUGGGAGGACUUCUUCUCCCCAGAGGUCAUCCUGGGCACCCUACUCAUCUGUUGUGGCAGCAUCCUCAUGAUCUACGACAAGAUCCUGCAAGAACAGACGCAACAACAACUAAAUAUAGCAUUCCAAUGAUCUUACCCUAAA